AUAUGCGAGAAAGGCAAAGAGGGUAGGAGUGGGCAGUGGGUGGGGUCCAUGUGCAGUGUUGUAGGUCGUAACUGCAUUGUUUUGGGGGUUUUCAUUGUGGGAGUGACUGAUCGCAGCAGCCUUAUACUGCUAUUUAUACGAGCCAUUUGCACCACCUUCCCCAUACCCUGAGGCCUGAACCCCUCCCCUCUUUCACACGCAAAAUGAAGCAAAAUUCCUGGGUGUUUAUUAUCUUCACUCUCUUUCUUUUUCUUCUCUACUCCUACUCAGGAUCUGCGCGUCUCCUUGCAACAAAACAAGAUGAGCAGGUGGUGAUGGGUGAGUGGAUGACUCAUGCAGGUACAUCAAAAGGGGAGGAUGUGCUGAAUCUGAUGGGGUUGGAAAAAUGUCAUGAGAAUGAUGAAGAAUGUCUGAAGAGAAGGAUGGUGGCAGAGGCUCACUUGGAUUACAUUUAUACCCAACAUCAUAAGCCUUAAGAUUUCUGUACAGAGGACACGAACUUCAGUUCCACGGCUUCUUUGAAUUGGAACUUACAUAUGAAAGUUACUGCUAAAUAAAUUGGUGUAUGUAUGAACAUAUAGAUAUAUAAAAUUACAGUAAGAUGAGACUUGGAAGUGUUA